UUUUUUUCUUUCUUGAUCUUUUUCAAUGGCGUCUGGCAGCGGUACAUCGGUGGCUCAGCGCGCCCUCGCGGGCAUUGCGUCUGCGUCGUUCAUCAACGGAUCUCUCGACAUCAAGGUCCUCAAUGCCAAGGGCGUUGCUGCCAUGGACCGCGGCGGUACGAGCGAUCCUUACUGCAUCAUCUUGGUCGACGGCAAGGAACAUGCACGCACGCUGAGCAUUCCGAAGACGGUCGAUCCCGUCUGGAACGCCGAGUUUGACGUCAAGCUCGAGAAGGCCAAUCGCGUCACCUUCCAAGUGUUUGACAAGAACUCGAUUGGCUCGGACAAGCUUUGCGGCGACGCGGAUCUCGAUUUCCACUCGCUGGCGAACGGCCAAACCACGAGCGUUACGCUGCCCCUCAAGCCCGACAGCGGCUUCCUCAAUCUGUCUGUGCGCUUUGUGAGCAAGUGGACUUCCCUCGAAACGCCCGAGGAAUGGGUCAAUGCAAUGCACCACGGCAGCGACCUCAUCAAGUUCACAAAGUCGAGCACCAAGCCGCACCCUCGCUUCUUCCGUGUGAGCGGCGACAACCUGUCGCUGAGCUGGUCGUCGCCAAAGAAGGCUGCGCUCAAGUCGCGCGUGCUCAUCGAUUCCAUCAAGGAGAUUCGUGUGGGACGCAACACCAAGUCGUUCAGCAGGCACGCCACGCAGCAUGCAGACAAGGUCGACCACUCCUUUUCGGUCAUUUACGGCUCGGACUUUGAGACGCUCGACCUGGUCGCGGCGUCGGCCGACGAGUUCAAAUUCUGGACGGAGGGUCUGCGGUACAUGUCCUCGGUUGUGGGCAAGCAGGUGGCCGUGGCUGCUGGAGAAAAGCAUGCCGAGCGCCGCAAGCGCUGGCUGAAGGAAAUGUGGAACAUGGCCGACAAGAACAAGGACAACCAGCUGGACAUGAAGGAAAUCUCGCAGCUGUUGCACGUGCUCAACGCCAAGGUGUCCAACAAGGAACUCAAGAAGCGCUUCGCCGCCGCCAACUCGGACGACAAGGGCACCAAGUACCUCGACUUUGACGAGUUUGGCGCGUUCUAUCGCCAGCUCACCCUUCGCCCCGAGAUUGAGCAGCUCUUGCUCCGCUACUCGAACACGGAGCCCCUGAGUCUCACUCUCGACGAGUUCCGUCGCUUCCUCGAGGUCGAGCAAGGGAUGGCUGUCUCGAGCUCGGACGCUGCGGCGCUCAUUGCCAAGCACGAGCCUGCCGUUGAGGGCACCAAGAGCAAGCUCCUGUCCUACGAAGGCUUGUUCAACUUCUUGGCCAGCACGGAUAACGACCUCUUCAACCCUGCGCACAACCGCAUCUACCAGGACAUGUCGCAACCGCUCACGCACUACUUUGUUGCGUCCUCGCACAACACUUAUCUGCUCGGCGACCAGCUGCGCAGCGAGUCUAGCGUCGAAGCGUACGUGCGCGCGCUGCAGAAUGGCUGCCGCUGCGUCGAGCUGGACUGCUGGGACGGCGAAGAUGGCGACCCCAUCAUUUACCACGGCCACACGCUCACGUCCAAGAUCAAGUUUUCGGACGUCAUCAAGGCGAUUGGCGACUAUGCCUUUGCCACCUCGCCCUUCCCCGUCAUUCUGUCGAUCGAAAACCACUGCUCUGUGCCCCAGCAGAAGGUGAUGGCGCAGCACAUGGAGACAAUCCUCGGCUCCAAGCUGCUCAAGGGCGACCCUGACGAGCUUCGCAAGGCCUACCCGUCGCCCAACGAUCUCAAGAACAAGAUUCUGAUCAAGGGCAAGCGCUCGGGCAAGACUGGCAUGGCCGCCGGCCCCGCCGGUCCGGCCGAUGACGAAGACAGCGAUGAGGAAGACGAUGACGACGAGGGCAAGGUCAAGGACGAGGCUGCGGUUCAGGCUGCAGCGGCCAUCAAGGCCAAGAACCAAAAGAAGGUCACCUUGGCUCCCGAGCUCUCCGCGCUCGUUGUCUACUGCAAGGCUGUGCACUUCAAGUCGUUCGACGACUCGGCAGCCAACGGCAAGUACUGGGAAAUGUCCUCGUUUGCCGAGGCCAAGACCAAAAAGUUUGCCAGCAAGCUCCCCAGCCAACUCAUCGAGUACAACAAGAAGCAGCUGAGUCGCAUCUACCCUGCCGGCACCCGUGUCGACUCGUCCAACUACGAUCCCCAGGUAGCGUGGAACUGCGGCUCGCAGAUUGUUGCGCUCAACUACCAGACCCCCGACCGCUCGAUGCAGCUCAAUCAGGGCAAGUUCCGCCAAAAUGGCCGCUCUGGCGUGAUUCUCAAGCCGUACGUGAUGCGCAAGGGCACCAACUUCAACCCGAACGACGUUGCCACCAUCCCCCACUCUGUGCGCCCCACCAAGCUGACCAUCAAGAUCAUCUCUGGCCAGCAAUUGCCCAAGCCCGACCGUCAGACCAAAGGUGAAAUUAUCGACCCUUACGUCGUGGUUGAAGUGGCCGGCAUUCCCGCCGACCAGAAGACGGUUCGGACAAAGGUGAUUGACGACAACGGCUUCAACCCCGAAUGGAGCGAAACGUUCACGUUCGACCUGCGCUUUGCAGAGUUGGCCAUCCUGCGCUUUGUCGUGUACGACAAGGAUGUCAACUCGGACGACUUUAUCGGCCAGUACACAAUCAACGUUUCCGACGUUCGGUCAGGCUACCACCACGUCAAUCUCGAAAGCGAACGCGGCGAUCCUCUCGACUCGGGCACGUUGUUUGCUCACUUCCAAGUCACAGAGCAAUAAGGGUUUUUUUGAGAAUCGGGCGUUUUUGCGUGACGGGGAGGUUUCUCCUCGCUAGGGCGAUGCUUGUGUGUGGGGGGGGGGUUUCUGUAUGAUUGCUUGUGUUUGCGGUUUUUCUCGGUUUUGUGUGUCAGCAGCAGGGUAUUCACGUUUCAACUGUGUGGUGUUGUUUUUUGUGUUUGAGUCAGAAUAAAUGAAAUUGCACGAUUUCGUCAAAAUUGCACGACUUCGCUUGUUCGU